CAGAAAGAAAAAUGGCGGCGUCCGACCCAACGACAGAGCCGAUCACAAACAUCCCAGAAUAUGAAUACACUGAUGUUAACACAAAAAUAUUUCACAUAGGUUCUUUCAGAGACGAGUGGCUGAACAGACUGAAGCCGAGUAACUACUCCUAUCAGCGGGAGGACGAGGACACGUUUGACGCCAUCUUUGCUGAAGAGAUGGGGAUCAGUGCGGAGACCCUGACGGACCUCAAGUCCAUCUGCAGUCCUGAGUCACUUCGUUGCCAUCCUGAGGACCAGCAGCCGGAUGCAGAUGUUGUUCCUCCAGACCCAACGCUUAAAACACUAAUACAAAGAAAAAAGAGACAAGAUCACAGAGCUUCUCUAAAAGUCUGCAAGAACAGACACGACCUCUAUGCUGAUGAACUGGAGCGAUUAACUGUUGGUAGGAAACCAGAGGCUGUGGUUGACAUUGUGCCUGAAGGAGAAGUCAUUCUAACAAUCAACGUCUACUACCCGGCUACUUUUGAGAAAUUCAGCUACGUCAGACCCCACAUCACUCUGCUGAUGACGGGCUCCCACAGCUUGGCAGAGCUCAGGGAUGCCAUCUGCUGUGUCAGCGACUUACAGGUGUGCGGAGAGUUCAGCAACACGCCGGACAUGGCUCCAGAGUUCAUCAGCAAAGAUCAUUUCAAGUCGGCUUUCUUUUUCUUCGAAGGAGUUUUCUAUAACGACAUGCGAUACCCCGAGUGUCAGGACAUCAGCAUGACUGUCAUUGAAUGGGCAAAGGCCCGCAACUUCCCAUCCUACAGCCAAGCCAAGAUGGAAGACACAAGGUUUGUUGAUAUGAAAGUGAAAGUGGGCUUCCCAUACCUCUACUGUCAUCAGGGAGACUGCGAACAUCUCGUCAUCAUCACAGACGUCAGACUGGCCCAUGCGAGCGACUGUCUGGACAAGAAGCUGUAUCCACUUCUCACACACAAGCACAGGGUCACCACCCAGAAGUGUGCCGUCUGCCACGUCUACAUCGGAAGAUGGCUUACAACCAACGACCAGUUUGCUCCGAGUGACCCGUGUCUCUUCUGUGACAAAUGCUUCCGGAUGCUGCACUACGACGCUCAAGGCAACAAGAUUGGAGAUUUCUUGGCGUAUCCCUACGUAGACCGUGGUGCAUUCAACUGAUUAUUUUCUUUGGAUCAGAUCUCUUAUUUAUUCUGUUGCAUACACUGCAAUGUUGUAUAUCUCAAAGGGAAAUGUUCUUACAUUUU